AUGCGGCCAGCAGAGCGGGCUGCUCACCCAUUCUCCAGUCGCGGCCACCAGCUCGUCUCCGUAGCGAACCAAAUCUACUGCCAGGGAGACCUCCUGCGCGUGAUCCAGAACGCUCAUCUCUACACCGACUCCAAGACGUUUAUCGACAAGAAACUCCUGCAGUCGCCCGCCGACACGCUGGCAGAUUUCGAUGCCUUCAUGCAGACCUACAAGAACGCGCCCACCAACGCCCAGAUCCAGAGCUUCGUCGACGCGCACUUCGCCGACGGAGACGAGCUGGUGGCCGUCGACCUGGAGGACUGGGUGGAGCAGCCCGCUCUGCUGGGCCGCAUCGCCGACCCGCAGCUGCGCGACUGGGCCUCGCAGCUCAACGUCAUCUGGAAGAGCCUCAGCCGCAAGGUCAACGACACCAUCAAGGACCACAGCGACCGCUACUCCAUCAUCUACGUGCCCAACCACUUCGUGGUGCCCGGCGGCCGCUUCCGGGAGCUCUACUACUGGGACACGUACUGGGUGGUGCGCGGCCUCAUCCUCAGCGACAUGACCUCCACCAUCAAGGGCAUCUUGGAGAACUUCUUCUACCUGCUCGACAACUACGGCAUCAUCCCCAACGGCGCGCGCGUCUACUACCUGCAACGCACGCAGCCCCCGCUGCUCACGCCCAUGGUCUACGAGUACUACCAGGCCACCAAGGACGCGGCCUUCGUGCGCGACCACAUCGCCUUGCUGGAGCGCGAGCUUGAUUUCUGGUUGAAGAACCGCACGCUGCAAGUGAACAAGGACGGCAAAACCUACACCCUCGCCCACUACUACGCCCCGUCCAAGGGCCCGCGCCCGGAGUCCUACUGGUACGCUCUCAUAGCUCUUGACGACGAUGAUGCAUGCUCGAUGGAGGGAAGACUACACCAACGGCGAGAUCUUCGCCGACGAGGACCGGAAGGAAGAGUUCUACGUCGACCUCAAAUCGGCCGCCGAGUCCGGGUGGGAUUUCUCCAGCCGCUGGUUCAUCACUGACGGCACCGACGAAGGCAAUCUGACGGCCAUCCACACCAAGUACAUCGUCCCGGUGGACAUCAACGCCUUCGUGUACUAUCACGCUGACCUCCUGUCCCAGCUGCACAGCGAGUUGGGUGAUGUUGACAAAGCCGCCUCUUACAAGCAGAUUGCGACGCAGCUCCGAGAAGCGAUUACGGCGGUGCUGUGGAACGACGAAUUAGGCUCCUGGUUUGACUACGAUCUUCUCAACAACAAGCAGCGCACGUAUUUCUACGCAUCAAAUAUGGCUCCUCUGUGGACUAAAGCAUACGACCUGGCCAACACGGCGCAGAUCGCGCGGAAGGUGACCGCGUACCUCAAGAGCCAAAUGUUGUUGGAUUUCCCGGGCGGGAUCCCCAUGUCGCUGAAGAACAGCGGGCAGCAGUGGGACCUGCCCAACGCGUGGCCUCCCCUCCAGCACAUUGUCAUCCGCGGCCUCCAGGACACGCAGGAGCCCAGCGCGCAGGAGCUGGCCUUCGAACUGGCGCAGCACUGGAUCGCCUCCAACUUCAAGGCCUUCCAGGACACACACGAAAUGUUUGAGAAGUACGACGCUGAGUUGUUCGGCAAAUAUGGAGGUGGGGGAGAAUAUGUGGUACAGUCGGGCUUCGGCUGGACCAACGGCGUCGCUCUGGACUUCCUCAACAUGUGGUCUGACCGUCUCGUCGCCAACACAACUUCCAGCUCAGAGUGACGAGGACGUCACUUAAGUCAUCAUAUUGUGAACUGGAGAAUUUUUUUGACUUGGCAUCUAAUUCCAGCUCCAGUUACAGCACUUAAUACUCAUCACAUUUAUUCACUGCGCUUAAAAAAACCUAACAAGAAUUUAUGAGACCUGAGAUUUCAAAUGUAAUUAUUUUUAUUUCCAGAAACUCAAUGAAUUUUAUUGUUUCUACCUACAGUACCAUUGUAUGUGUAUGUUCUUCUGUACAUUUAAAAAAUACUGAGUUGGCUACAGUUAUUUGAAUUAUUAUGUAUAUAACAACAAAUGAGACAAUGUUUCAGAUUAAGAUACUUUAUAAUCAGUAAGCUUGUUAUCUUUUGGGGAUGUAAAUAAACUGAAUCAGCAUCUGUAUAA